AUGUUAGAUAAGUUGCCUGUUGAAAUCCAGGUGGAUAUUCUAUUGUCCAAUCCCAAUAGCUCUUUGAAGCUUGUGAACAGUCAUUUUUAUAUGCUAUAUAAUGACUUGUAUUACAACAAAAUCAUAUCCACAUUUGGAGAAGAUAUAAUAAAUGUUAUAAUAAGAGUAUUGCCGUGGUUGAAGACAUACAUCAAGACAUUAGAUGUGUUCCGCUUCGAUUGUAGAAAUAUCAUAUGUUCGAGACUAAACCUACCUUAUGAUGACCAAGUGACGGAUCUGCAUAAAGAUAAGAAGAAAGUGGAAAAUCAACGUAAAAAGAUUAAACUCGAGGAGAACUUAAAUGUUGCAUAUAUAAAAGAUUCAUGGAAGUACAUAUAUUCCCUUUUGAAGAAUAAAAGACUUUUUGCUGAAUAUUCUGAUUAUAGAAUUGACCAACCUACAAAUUACGUCUUCCAACAUUUUGUAGAGAUCAAUAGAACCUAUUUGUUAUCUUACAACAAGAGCUUAUGGUUGAGUCCAGGAACUUAUAAUUUGAAUGUUGGUUUGGUGAUUAAACAUGGUAACGGAUUGGGAACAACUAAGUUCGAAAUCAAAUUUGAAAAUGAUAAUAAUGAGAUAAUCACUCAAACAUUUUAUCCUCCUACUAAUGUGAACGAUAUUCUUCCUAAGAAACAAUUCUGUUUACUAAGAUUGGGAGAGUUUACCAUUCCAGAACCACCACCACCACCACCACCUAAACAAGAUUAUUCACAUGAGCAUGAUAUAGAAGAGGAAGAUGAAGAUUUCGACGAUUUAAUUAACGUUCCUCGAAGUAACCCACAUUUGAGUCAUUUAGCUCAAAGAGCUAGAACUUCAGGAAAUGACUUCAACUUCAACAAUAAUUUCAAUAAUCCCAAUUACAACAAUUUCAACAAUCAAAAUACUCACCACCUACACCACCAUCAGAGCCAUAGUGCUUUGAAUCCUCAUCAAACUUCAAGUGGUAGCCAAAGCAACCUAACGAAUUUGCAUAGAAACUCAUUUCAGAACUCCAACAUAAAUUCGAAUAGCUAUAUGAAUUUGAACUCAUACUCCAACCUCAAUAGUUUAGGACAUUCUCGAGGAGGAUCAAUUGGAUCAAUCGGUAAUUCGUUCGAUUUUAACAAUAGUAGAUCAAACAGUUUACCCACUAUCAUAUCCAAUACUUCUUUGGCUUCCCUCAACACGACGAACACUGUGUUGAGUUCGAAUCCAGUCAACAGAACAUUGUCCGAAGAAAACGAAGAUGAAGAUCAGAGCAACAAUUAUCAUCCCAAACUUGUCAAGGUAGAGUUGGUGAUGGAAGAAAUCGGUUUAUAUUUAAAAUCAGGUUUCAGAAUAUACUUCAUUGACGUAGCCCAACCAACUUCAUUGUUCAAUGAAUUUGACUUGUUAUAUUAUUCUGUGAGGGAAACAGAUUACCGCUAUUUCAUUAAUAUUCCUUUGAAGAACUUUUAUAAGGCCCUCAACCAUGUUCAAAACGGAGGAAAGUUUCAAGAUACAAGUGUUGAAAAUGCUGGUGGUAAAUAUGGCGACGGUGACCCCUUUGAUAUAAGGGAUGAAUACGAUACCGAGUUCCUUUCUGAAUCUUUGAACACUUCAGACGAUAAUCAAGCUGAAAGCGAACAAAGUCAAAAAAGCUGGGAUCAUUUGACAAAGGAUGAAAAUGCCAAAGACAAACAGCUAAUGAGAUAUUCUGACUUCUAUUACAAUAGAUCUUUUAUUAGGAGAUAUUUUAAGUUCAACACUAUUUAUCAAAGGAGACAAUUCGUCAAUAAAUACGGAGAUUUCGAUAUAGACUGGAAAAAAGGUGAAAACAAAAAUUUUAAUGCAAUUAAUGAAAUAGACUCAUACAGUCACUCAGAUCUCACCAAUCUGACGGUGGGACCAGAUGACAAUAGAGCUUGUGCAUAUGAUUUGUAUGGACUCAAAUGGAAAAUGCUACCUUUAGGUCAAUUGUGA